CAAGGGCAUUCCAGAAGGAAUUCAGUCUGAGCUUCAGGGAGGAGAAUGAGAGGCAGGUGUGACUGGUUAGGAAAAGCCAUAAUGAUAGUGAAGCUUUUGCUCCUCUGUGUCUCAGUAGAACUGGUGGAGCUGGUCACACAUUCAAGAAAUGGAUACGAAGAUGGCUCUUUCCACAGCUCAAAGCCAUCAGUUUAUGGGAGAUCUACAUAUCUUCAACGGUCCCCCAUAUCACAGGAGGAUUGGGAGAUGGAGAAGCUCAAGGAGGAGACCCCAGACCAUCUUUCAAGCACCAUACCAUCACAUCAAGAAGAGAGAGAUGAUUCAGAAGCUGGAACCCCACAGUCCAGAAAUGGGCAUUGGUGUUCCUUCAUGAAGUCCCAGCUGGUGACAUACACAGCUGCCUGCAAGAAAGAGAAAUAUGUGAUUAAAUCACAGCAGCCUUGUUCAAAUGGAGCCCCAGACUGCCAGAAAAUCAUGUAUAGGGCAACUUUGAAGCCAGUAUAUCGUGUGAAGCAGAAGGUUUUAAACUCUUUGCACUGGAAAUGCUGCCCUGGUUAUAUUGGCGAGAACUGUGAACACCGUGAUCCCAAUUUUGUUCCACUGCCAGCUAAUCAUACAGAAGGACUGGAAGAUGGAGAAGCAUUCUCAAGCAAAAUGUUGACAUCACUGCAGGCAAAAGAAAUUAUGAAAACUAUUCAGCAUCAUAAGGGACUUCUGGAAGAUCUUCAGAAUGAUAUUCAUCAGUCAGCCGGAGAUUUACAGAAUCUACUUGAAAACAACAUUACCACCAUGACGUUAAAACUGAACCUGAGUAAAUCUGAACUGCCUGAAAGGCUCCUUCAGCAAAUGUUGUUUCCCCAUGUGGAGAGUUUCCUGAGGGAACAUUUUAACCCAAUGUGGGCAAGCUUCAAUAAAAGCUUACAGAACCUCUCCAGCAUGGUAAGAAACUUGUCCAAGGAUGUGGAGGCCAAUAAAAAAAGCAUAGAGAAAUUCCAAGAAAGCACCGUGCCCAAGAAGGAAUUCCAGGAGCUAGGAACUAAGUUUGAAUCAAAAGUUCAAGAAAAUGUAGUGAGAGUGGACCAGCUGAAAAGCGAAAUAGGCAAUCAUCUACACAUGCAGCAGACUAUCAUUCACUAUAAUCUCACCAUGAUCAAGGCAGAUACUGAUAUGAAGCUCAAGAGGUAUCAUAAGAUACAGCAGUCCCAUUUAUUAGCUUUGAAUAGUAGCAUGACAGACAUGAAACAAGAAAAAGAAAACCUUGAAGAUGAACUUGAGACUUUGAACAGAAACUUAACAGGACUCUCUUUAUAUUGUGGCAACAAAGAUGAAGCUACCUGGCUAUCCAUCAAGCAACUCAAUGAGACCCUGAUAGGGCAUGCAAAGCAACUUAAAGAACUGUACAUGGAGUCAGAUGUGGCCUUUGAGGAUAUUACUGUUUUAGAUAAAUGGGUUAAGGAUUUAAAAGCCAAGUCAAAGCAUGAAUCAGAGGAGUUUAGAGUAGCCUUAAUGGAGAAAUCACUUAUUAUUGAAGAGAACAAAGAAUCUCUGCAAAGACAGAUAUUGGAGCUGAACUAUACCCUCUCAAAUCUUCAAGAAAGCCACUGGGAUCUAUUGAAGUACAUGAGAGAGUGCAAUUGUGAGAAAAUAUCUUCUGACAUUGACAUACUGGAAGAAGAUCAAAAGAAUAUCACCCAUUCCCUAGAGAAUAUCCAGCUAAACUUAAAGGAAGUGCAACACCUAGAGAUGUCUUCCAAGGAUCUCUUGAGGAGUGAAAUUGAAGAGCUGUCCACGGCUAUUCAUUCUAUCCAUCAGUCUCUUGGUUAUCAACAAGACCAAAGCAGACAACUGAUGGACAGCAUGUCUCAUCUUAAAUCACAGAUUAAGAUUUUGUCAGAAGAUAUUGGCUUCCUGAAGAAGAAAGAUGAGGAAAUUCACGGCCACAUCAAGUAUCUCAAUAGUUCUUUCAAUUCUCUUUUGGAAGAUGCAAUGCGACAUGAAACAGCACUAGAGGCCUUGUUGGGAGCAGAAAUUAUGGAGGUCUUGUCUGAAGAAAACCCUAACACCUUAAUAUCAUCAGUAGCUCAACUGCAAGAAGCUCUCAGACACACCUCAGAUAAACUCAAAGAGCAAAAUGUGACUUUAGAAUCCCUUACAAAAAGAUUUAAUUUCCUGGAGAUGGGUCGUGAGAGUAACCAUGAUAUUCAGAAUGUCCCUGAACAUCCCGAACAUAAAAAGCAAACAAAACACACUCUGGAGGAAGUCAGGAGCCCACACAGCAAUGUAGAACAUAUGGAGCCUAACCAUGAGGCUUCCAGGGAUGACAGUGUGGAUAAUCCAGCAUAUAAUGAUAUCAUGACUCUAAAAAAAGAGAUCAAACAUCUAAGUAUGGACAUUAAGAGGCAUCAGUCAUGGAGGGACGAUAACAAUAACUGCUGCAAUCAUACUGUAGUAAAUCUAGUGGAACCUCUCAGCAUUUCAGUGGAGAUUCUGAGGGCAGAUUUAGCAAUCACCAAACAGAGUUUUGAGGACCAUCUACAGAUUUUUCAAAAACUAUUUGGAAGGACUGAAGAAUUAGUUGCCUCAAACAUAAGUCUGGACAUUACAAAGAUUCAGUCAAUGAUGACCAAAAAGAUGAGGAGGCAGCAAAAAGGUCAUGAGAAGCAAAAAAGGAGAGACAAGAAACAGACUGCUGAGAACAGAGAACACAUGCAAACUAUAAAUGGAAGAAAUAAACUAGUGGCUGAGCUUUUGGAAAAAGAUUCAUCAGUGGCAUUCUACGUUGGAUUCUCUGAAGAAUGGGAUGAAAUAAAAGCAUUGAGAUUUAAUGAAACAUACCUUAAUUAUGGUAACAGCUAUUUCCCCGAACAGGGCUACUUCAAAGCACCUCAAAAUGGUGUCUACAUGUUUGUCAUCAAUGUGAAGUUUAGUGCAGGACCUGCACUAGGCCAGCUGGUUUUUAGCCAUGGGAACAGAAUGACUCUGUCAAGUACUCAGGAGUCAAUUGGAAGCUCUGAGACCACUUUUGCUAUGGCAGAGCUGAAGAAGGAGGAGAGAGUGUGGUUUGAACUGCUGCAGGGCUCUAUAGUGAAACGUAGCCCACCUGGAACAACCAUGGGUGGAUUUCUAAUAUUUAAAACUUGAAGUGUGCCAUUGUUCAUUAGUCAACAUUUUUCCACAGAUACAGUGGACCAUCAAUUACUGCCUGAUCUGUGAUUUGUGUGCAUGUAAAUUCUGUUGCGUGUGUUUAACAUAGCACUCUUAGAUUUACCAGCACGUUCCUUUCUAGACAUAUUUGGUUUUUGAUUACUUAAAGCAUCACAUAGAAUUCAGAGAAAUGGAAUUUUAUUAAGUUUCUUCUGUGUGAUAAAUGUCUCAUGCUCUAUCUCCCCUCAUAGACAUGAUAGCAGGGCCACCUCCUCCCUCCCCACUGAAUAACCUCCCAGUGGCAGCUCUAGCAAUUAAUUAGGCUGAAAAGCCAUAUUAAUAAAGAAUAUUGCUUUAGCUAUUUUUGAUGCAGUUUAACAUCUGUAGAUGACAAUCCCAAAACAUCUAGCCUGCCUGCUCUCUGCAGACCACUAGUGACCUAGUGAUAGUUUGUGAACCACCGAACCCAAUUCAGCAAAGUGCUUAAGCAUAUACUUAACUUUAAGAAUGUGAAGAGUCCCAGUUAAUGCAAUGGGAUGCCUCCUGUGCUUCAAGUUACACACACAAGUAAAUCUUUACAGCCUUAGAUAGGCCCUGCUGUCUCAGUUUUCUAGGCACUUGGUCAUGAUCUAACUGAAUUGUAAAGCUAAUUUUAAUGUGAUGCUAUCAAACUGAUAUAGGCCCAAAUUUCUGUUUUAAAGGAAAAAACAGAUUAAGUGAUAUAUUGACAGUAAUAAAAUGUCAACAAAACAUUUUUUUUAAAUUUAAAAUCAUGCUUCUGCAGCGUUUGCAACCGAAAAGUUCCAGCACUCUGCUAAUGGUACACAACAAAAAGUUAAACUGACUAAUCUAUUGUCAUUAGCUCAUUAGAAUGGAAUGCAAAAGGUAAGUUAGAGUUGAGGGAAAUUCUGAGAUUUCAAAAUUUGGUUUCAUCCUGAAUUGGGAUGAAAAGUCAAAUCUCUGAUUUUUACAUAUACUACUUCAUUUUGAUAAAGUCAAAAUGUUUUGGCUUUUACAUUAUAAAUAUAAUAUAUAAAUCAAAAUGAUGAAAUUGAAGUGCAACAUUUCAAACUUAUAAAAACAAAAUGUUUAAAAAAUUCUGACAAAAUGGAUACAUCCCCCUCAAAACACAGAUUUAGUCAAAUCAGCAUUUUCCGAUGGUAAACUGUUCCAUUGGAAAAAUUUUGACCAGCUCUAGUUGUGAGCAUUAAACUAAAGAAUUACUAAAAACAUGUAUUGCUCUUCAAACCUUAAUUUUAUAGCUGACUGUGCCCUUUGCAGUGAAGAUUGGAUGUACCAGUUCGUAACAUGUAGAAUAAUCACAUGAAAGCAUUCCUUUGCACCAUUGCCUCUGCAUGUUUCUUGGAAUACGGCAAACCAGAAAGUUAGUAGUUUUAACUGUUUAUAAAUUAACUCACUGGUGGGAUUGUAAACAUCUCUCUGUUCUGCGGUCUCCAAUACACUGAAGACUGAAAAUACAUCAUUUAUUCUGCACCUUUGACAAGUAACGUAAUCUCAUUUUUGUGCACAAUACUGCUUGAAUAUUUUGAGCUGGGGGGAGGAAAGAGUACAAGAAAACCAAGAUGGGGUGUGAAAGUGCAAAGGGAGACAAAAGCAUCAGUGACAGGGCUGGUAUCUUUUAGUUAGACCAUAAAAUCAGGUGACCCAGACACUUUUAAUGAAGUAGAUUCAAGUCUCCUUUCUAUCCCACUCAUCAUCUCCAGCAGUGAUAUGGCUUAGAGAAACCAGGUAAAAUCCCGGCCUCAUUGAAGUCAAUGGGAGCUUCGACAAUGACUUCAGUUGAGUCACAAUUUUACAUGAGUUAUUCAAAGUGUAUUUGUCCACAUGUACAAUAAAUUUUUCAGAGACAUUAUUGUCUAUGAUUGCCAAGCUUCA